UUUCCACUCCCAAGCAAGAGUGGCUGAACCUCCUACCUGCUCAAGUGCCCUGCCUUGCCUCACCCAGCCCGGCCUGGCCAGAGCUCCCUGGAGAAAGAGCCCUUUCGCUUGGCAGCUGGACCAAGGGAGCCAGCCUUGGGCACUGGAGGGUCUUCAGGGACUUUCCAGCUUCAAACUUUUGUGAUUUGGGGGGUUGCUAGGAAAUUACCACUUUGGGAUCUGGAAGCUGCAGAGGCUAUGGCAAGAAGGAGCUGAAGGUCUAGAGGUCUGUCCUGACCAUGGUCCCUGCCUGGCUGUGGCUGCUUUGCUUCUCCAUUCCCCAGGCUGUCCUGGAGGCCCAGCUUGCAGAGCUGUCUGUGGAAGUUCCAGAAAACUAUGGUGGAAAUUUCCCUUUAUACCUGAUGAAGCUGCUGCUGCCCCGUCAGGGAGCUGAAGGCCAGAUUGUGCUGUCAGGGGACUCAGGCAAGGGAGCUGAGGGCCCCUUUGCUAUGGAUCCAGAUUCUGGCUUCCUGCUGGUGACCAGGGCCCUAGACCGAGAGGAGCAGGCAGAGUACCAGCUACAGGUCACCCUGGAGACGGAGGAUGGACGUGUCUUGUGGGGUCCACAGCCUGUGCUUGUGCAUGUGAAGGACGAAAAUGACCAGGUGCCCCAUUUCUCUCAAGCCAUCUAUAGAGCUCAGCUGAGCCAGGGCACCAGGCCUGGCAUCCCCUUCCUCUUCCUUGAGGCUUCAGACCAGGAUGAGCCAGGCACAGCCAACUCGGAUCUUCGAUUCCACAUCCUGAGCCAGGCUCCAGCUCAGCCUUUCCCAGACAUGUUUCAGCUGGAGCCUCAGUUGGGGGCUCUGGCCCUCAGCCCCAAGGGGAGCACCAGCCUCGACCACACUCUGGAGGGCCACUACCAGCUGUUGGUACAGGUCAAGGACAUGGGCAACCAGGCCUCAGGCCAUCAGGCCACUGCUACCGUAGAAGUCUCCAUAGUAGAGAGCAUCUGGGUGCCCCUAAAGCCUAUCCAUCUGGCAGAGAAUCUCAGAGUCCUGUACCCCUACCAUAUUGCCCAGGUACACUGGAGUGGGAGUAAUGUGCACUAUCACCUGGAGAGCCAUCCCCCGGGACCCUUUGAUGUGGAUGCAGAAGGGAACCUCUACGUGACCAGAGAGCUGGACCGAGAAGCCCAGGCUGAGUAUCUGCUCCAGGUGCGGGCUCAGAAUUCCCGUGGUGAGGACUAUGCAGCGCCUCUGGAACUGCAUGUGCUGGUGAUGGAUGAGAAUGACAACCCGCCUGUCUGCCCUGCACGUGGUCCUGCAGUCAGCGUCCCUGAGCUCAGCCCCCCAGGUACUGAAGUAACUAGACUGUCAGCAGAGGACGCAGAUGCCCCCAGCUCCCCCAAUUCUCACAUUGUGUAUCAGCUCCUGAGCCCUGAGCCUGAGGAUGGGGUGGAGAGGAGAGCCUUCCAGGUGGAAACCACUUCAGGCAGUGUGACACUGGGGGGACGCCCACUCCGAGCUGGCCAGGACAUCCUGCUUCUGGUGCUGGCCAUGGACCUGGCAGGCGCAGAGGGUGGCCUCAGCAGCACAUGUGAGGUUGAAGUCACAGUUGCAGACAUCAAUGAUCACGCCCCUGAGUUCACCACUUCCCAGAUUGGGCCUAUAAGCCUCCCUGAGGAUGUGGAGCCCAGGACUCUGGUGGCCACGCUCACAGCCACUGAUGCCGACCUCGAGCCUGCCUUCCGCCUCAUGGAUUUUGCCAUUGAGAGGGGGAACACAGAAGGGACCUUUGGCCUGGAUUGGGAGCCAGACUCCGGGCAUGUCCAACUCAGACUCUGCAAGAACCUCAGCUAUGAGGCAGCUCCAAGUCACGAGGUGGUGGUGGUGGUGCGGAGUGUGGCAGAGCUGCUGGGGCCAGGCCCAGGCCCUGGAGCCACGGCCACGGUGACUGUGCUGGUGGAGAGGCUGACACCACCCCCCAAGUUGGACCAGGAGAGCUACAAGGCCAGUGUCCCCAUCAGUGCCCCAGCUGGCUCCCUCCUGCUGACUGUCCAGCCCUCCGACCCCAUGAGCCGACCCCUCAGGUUCUCCCUGGUCAAUGACUCAGAAGGCUGGCUCUGCAUUGAGAAGUUCUCCGGGGAGGUGCGCACCACCCAGUCCCUGCAGGGCGCCCAGCCUGGGGACAUCUACACUGUGUUUGUGGAGGCCCAGGAUGCAGAUGAGCCAAGACUGAGCACCUCUGCGCCCCUGGCGAUCCACUUCCUGAAGGCCCCUCCUGCCCCAGCCCUGACUCCUGCCCCUGUGCCCUCUCGAUACCUCUGCACGCCCCGCCAGGACCAUGGCGUGAUCGUGAGUGGACCCAGUGAGGACCCUGACCUGGCCAGUGGGCACAGUCCCUAUAGUUUCGCCCUUGGUCCCAACCCCACGGUGCAACGGGAUUGGCGCCUACAGACUCUCAAUGGUUCCCAUGCCUACCUCACCUUGGCUCUGCACUGGGUGGAGCCGCGUGAAUACAUAGUCCCCGUGGUGGUCAGCCACAAUGCCCAGAUGUGGCAGCUCCGGAUUCAGGUGAUCGUGUGUCGCUGCAAUGUGGAGGGGCAGUGCCUGCGCAAGGUGGGCCGCAUGAAGGGCAUGCCCACGAAGCUGUCAGCAGUGGGCAUCCUUGUGGGCACCCUGGUAGCAAUAGGUAUCUUCCUCAUCCUCAUCUUCACCCACUGGACCCUGUCAAGGAAGAAGGACCUGGAUCCACCAGCAGACAGCGUGCCCCUGAAGGCAACCGUCUGAAUGGUCCAGGCAGCCCUAGCUGGGAUCUUGUCCUCUGGCUCCAUCUGAGUCCCCUGGGAGAGAGCCCGGCACCCGAGAUCCAGCAGGGGACAGGACAGAGUAGAAACCCUUCCAUCUGCCCUAGGGUGGAGGCACGAUCGCCAUCACCAGACAUGUCUCCAGACCCUGCACAAUGACUUUACGGGCUGGCCAUGGGAGUGCUCCAAAUGGCAGUAUGUUUGCAAAAUAAUGAAGCCCCGGAGAGCUGGGCUGCGCCCUACAG